AUGUCAUCUACUCAAUGUCUAGGUACCACAAGGAAAGGAACACGAUGCUUGAAAAAGGUUGCAAAUGGUCAAUGGUGCGUAUACCAUGAGAACCAAAACCCUGGCUAUAGCCAAAAGGGUACUUCUGUACGUACUGGAGGUCUUACCAUCGCUUCUGAUAACAAAGGUGCAAAACCUUUACCGAGUGUGGAGUUAUUGAAGCCCGGAUACAUCUAUGUGUAUACGCUUUCGGCGUUUCUUCUGAAAUCUGGCCAUGGAGGAUGGGUCCAGACUCGCAAUUUGGUCAAUCUGAACAAUCAUAGAAACGAGUGGGUUGAUGUAGACAUGAAAUCCCUGAAGAUCUUGCUUGUCAAGGUUGGAAUGACCACAAAGACUCCGGAAGUGCGCAUUCUGCAGUGGGAAGAAAAGUGCAACCACAAAUUGGCCUGUCUUUAUCCGACGAAACACAACCAGGACAAGAGUUCCCUCUUGGCUGCAUUCAAGAAGCUUUCAAUUGGCGCGCAACAAAAUUUUGAUUCCUACGAUAGCCUGCGGAAAGGUUUUUAUGUUCCAAAAGGUGUCGCCAUUGCAGAGAGGAGAAUUCAUGUCUUGCUCAAACAGAAGUAUGGAAGAGGGGAGAUCCAUUGCACUGGUUGUUCUGAGAAGCCUGCUCCCGAAUCUGACACUUCCAAAUUUUGGAACGUAUUCCGUGCGAAGGAGCUAAAAGUCGCAAAUUAUAAUAUCCACAAUGAAUGGUUCCCCGUCCCAAGAAAGGAAUUAGACGACGUCUAUAGAAUCAUCGACCAGGUCUGUUGCAGCAAACAGCCGCACACAUAG